AUGAGCUCCAAGCCCUUGUGCAUUGGCCACAGAGGCUUCAGAAGACUAUUUCCCGAAAACACCUUGCUUUCCUUCACCCAGGCCAGAAACGCCGGCUGCGAUAUUAUCGAGACUGAUGUCCAGCUCUCAAAGGACGAAGUGGUUGUUAUUUGCCAUGACUCAAAGACUGGAAGAGUCUUUUCUGACGACUUGAACAUCUACGAGUCCACCUUGGAACAGUUGCAGACCAUCAGAACAAACAAGGAGCCUCAUGAGUCGAUGCCCACCUUCAAGCAGUUGAUUGCCUGGUUUCUAAAGCCAGAAAAUUCAAAGCUUAAGAUCAUGCUAGAUGUCAAGAGGUCAAACAACUUGAAGAUCUUGGAUAUAAUUUUGAGUGAUUUGUUGUCUUUUAAUCCAGACAGGGAAUUCUGGGUUCCCAAGAUUCAGUUUGGUUUGUGGGACUUGAAUUUUUACUCCUACGCUAUUCAAAACGACUUGUUAAAAGGAUUUGAGAUCAUCAACAUCAGUUUCUCGCCCAAGGUUUCAUUGAAAUUGUUGGAACUAAGUGAUAAACAAGACGAUGGGUUAAAAAUCAAAGGUGUGUCACUUCUUCAUCUUUCAACUUGGGACAACAAUCUAUUUUCCAAAAAUUUGAAAAACGAUUCGUUUAUGAAGAACUUUUUGAUUGAACAAUGCGAUAAAAAAAAACUAGAUCUUUAUUUUUGGACUGUUAAUGCCAAACAAGAUUUGAUCUGUGCAAUCAAUUUUCCUUAUGUCAAGGGUGUCAUCACUGAUAACCCUGAUCAUUUAAAGGAAUUAUUAGAUAAUUAUACCGAUAUAACAAUUAUUAAUACCAAAGAUUCCAAAGAUUCUGAAGAGUCUGGAGAGUCUGGGAAGUCUGGAGAUUCUGAAAACGAGUAUCUCAAUCUAAAAUUAUCUCAACUACAAAGACUAUACCCUUCGAAUUUCUCAAAUUUAGGCAUUAAAAGAUUUAUCUUUUAUAAAUGGUAUAAUUUGACUGAAUUGUGUUAUUUAAACAACUGGAUGGGUCUACGUUUAAGUAAAAAACUAACAGUUGGUGUGAUCUUCAUCUCUGUUUUCAAAAUAUUUAAUAUUUUCUAA